CUUCACAGUAUAAGAACUUCAUGGUCAUACAGCUAUGUCAGUCUUUCCUGUUUGAUUGCUGCUGAACUGCCUCUGAAAGACCUGCUAACAUGUCUGGCCGUGGAAAGAAAUUGGUUGCUGCUGCCAAGACCAAGAAGUCAACGUCCCGCUCAGCUAGGGCAGGUCUUCAGUUCCCUGUGGGUCGUGUUGCCCGCCUGUUGAGGAAGGGGAACUAUGCGCAGAGAGUGGGCUCUGGGGCUGCAGUCUACCUUACAGCUGUGCUGGAGUACCUGAGUGCUGAAGUGCUGGAGCUGGCUGGUAAUGCCAGCAAAGACAACAAGAAGCUGCGCAUCGCGCCACGACACAUCCAACUAGCUGUGAGGAAUGAUGAGGAGCUGAACACGCUCCUUGGGGGAGUCACCAUCUCUGAGGGAGGUGUACUACCAAAUAUCCAGGCCCAGCUGCUGCCCAAGAAAACCAAGGGACCCAGAGAAGCUGACAGCAGUAAAGAGAUCCAGUCUCAAGAGUUUUAAGAGCUUGCGUUGCUAUUGGCACUUAUUUUAAGAAGUAUUUUUAAAUCAAUAAAGUGUUAAAUCCUA